AUGCCAGAGGUGCUGUUAGGAGCUCCGCCCACAUCGACCGCAUCGACCGGGCCCCCGGAGCAUGCGGAGCUGUAUGUGGCCAAAGCUGUGCCCACCCAGGAGCGGGUCGACCACGACCGGCUCUCGCUCCAGCGAGUUCAAGUCCGGAGACGCGAUGAUGGAGAUGAAUGUAUUGCCCAGGGCCCCGGACUGCUCCGGAGUGGCCGGCCAAUGAACAUCAAGCCCAACCUGCAUUGGGUCAUCAAGUCGCUGCCCAAUGGCCUCAUGGAGAUCAGGCCGGUGAAAGGCUGGUAUGACCUCGCGUCGAGCAGCAACGACUCCGCGACGCGGCGGCCGACACGACUUCAGAACUCCAUGGCAGCCCAAGAGCUCCAGCAACAAGCACGUGACCGGAAGGAGACGUCUGAUCGUUGGGAUGCCAUGAACAAGCGCCGGCAACAGCGGGGUGAGGUGAAGUUGCAAAAGACGAUCGAUGGGUCUGAAGACAAGGCUGCUCCAGUGCUUUUCGCAGAGGACGCAAGCAAAGCAGAUGCGCUUGCCGUGGAGCAGCAAGCAGAGAAACGACGGAAGGAGUCUUCAGAUCGCUUGGAUGCCAUGGACCAGCGGCUGACCGCGCAGCGGGCGCAGGCAGGUGCUUCAGUGCUUUUCCCUGAUGACACAGACCAAGCAGAUGAGAGCGGCUUCGAGCGGCAAGCUGAGAAGCGCCGGAAGGUUUUACAGAAGUUGCAAAAGGAGCAAGAGGAUGGUGCGGAAGAAAAGGCGGUGCCGGAUGUCGCCAGCACCUUGCUGGAGCUCAAGCGCCAGCAUGGGGAGGCCGCGUGGGACUUCUGUGAUGAGGAACAGUUCUCUGACGACGAGGAGAAGGAUGAGGAGAACAUUGAAGAUGCUGCAGCACAGGAGGAGGAAGCGUUGCCAUCGGGAGACGAAGAAGAUGAAGAGACCAAACCAGAAGCCACGUUGUCAGGCGUGGGCGAGGAGCUUCAGGUCCUCUUGAAGUGCGAUCCGGAUGCUGAAUCCCCUCAGCACUUGGAGGAAGAGCUCCCAGAGGCGAAGGGCCAAUGGCUGGACGUUGCAGGGCGAUGGCGAAACAAAAGGAUGGCCGAACGGCUGUUCGAACAGCGAGCUCAGAGGCUUUUCCUGGACCCAUAUUGCAACGAUGUUUUAAGGCUCCCUCUUGAGGUCAAGAAUAUCAUUUCACGAGUUGCCGAUGCGAAUGCCCCGGUGAAGAUCAUUCCAACCGCCUCCAGUGGAGAUGCGGCGCAUGUGGCUAUGCCUCAAGACCAUGGGGUUGGAUAA